AUGGCACCAGAACUUUAUUUGGAAAAUCUUAAGAAUGCAAGUCAAGCUGAACUUCAGCAAUGUGAUAUAUGGUCUUUGGGAAUGGUAAUGUAUUCCAUUUUAAACCCAAAUGUGAUGAGCCCAUAUAGUAAGGAACUUGAAAAUACAGGACUAUCCUUUGAUAAGGAUUUAUUGAUGAAUCAUUGUAUCCCACUUCAUGAUGAGAAGUAUGAGAGUAUUCGGGUAUCAGAGUGGUGGCAAGUGGAGGAAUGUUUUAAACUUUGUUCAAAUUUUCUACCAAACCAAAGACCUACUGCAGCUCAAGUGUUGGACAUACUCACCAGUCAACCUGCGAAUCAGCUGAUUUUGAAACACCUGGCAGUUAGUCAGAAUACAGCACUUGAAAGAUCAGAUGGGAAGUUUGCUGUACUCAAUGAAAUGACAUCAUUCGCAGAGACAUUGCAAGCCCCAGUCAAUGAUGGGACUAACUGCUGCGCGUUUCUUGGUCUUGGAAUAUGUGAUCAGAUUUUGCAUGAUAUUGCGGAAGCUAGAGAAGUUAAUUGGAGAAGAAUCAUUGACAUUAGUGAACAUAUGAUCAACAACCUUCCCUUGCAAUUGCAUGGUUCCAGAGAUUUAACAUCAACCUAUGAUGUAUCAGAGGCUUAUGAUAUUUUGAAAUCAAUAAAUCUUUUGACUUUCUCAUAUGAACUGUCAGAAGAGUUUGUAAAAGGAAAGAAAGUGUUUUCAUAUGGCGGGCGUGAAGAACUUAUGAAAUCUCUUGGUCAAAAAGCAGCUAGUGAAAAGACAUGUGUUGGUUUGUACACAUGUAGUCCUUACACAUUUGUUCUUGGGAUACAUGCUGAGUCAUUUUUUCUGGUGGAUACCCAUUGUAUUGGAAGUGAAGUAGGAGGAAAUGGCAAUGGUAUCUUGAUCACCACCAAAGAUUGUAGUCCAUCAUCCUGCAAUGUGCUUACCCAAUGGAUAAUAAAACGACUCAAGUGCUCAGGGAUUGAUGGCAAAGAGGAUCAGAGUCUUGUGUGGCUGACAGUAGAGCAAGUUAUAGAUACAUAGUAUGGCAUAUCAUUUGUGAUAAGAACAAAAUAGUUGCCACAAAAUAGUAGCUGCCGGGG